AUGGACCAUUACAUGCGGGGGCUGCCGCCAGAUCUCCGCAAAUGGGUCUGCCAGAACGAUCCGUCCACCUAUGACGAAAUGAUCACAUUGGUGGAAAGACGGAAAACAGCCAGGGAAUUAACCCAACUACCCAAGGAAGGCCCCUCACGAAACAAACAUUUGACCCUGACCAUGGAGGUUCGGGCAGCCAAUCCUCCAGGAAGUCCUAGGUGGAAGAAGAGGGAGGUCAAAAACCGGGCGAGUCCCCUAAAGGACUUAGUGAAGGCCCGUGGUCCUGAUCCAGUCAGAUGGUCCGAUGCAGCAGAAAGGGCAUUCGUGGACUUACGGACUGCCCUCUGCAGUAACCCCAUAUUGAUAGCCCCAGAUUUCAACAAGGACUUUAUCUUACAGACAGAUGCAUCCGAGAGGAAGCUGUACUAUGGAGGGUCCAGCAAGGGCAAGGAGCAGCUGUCUCACAUGCUGACAAGUUCAAGCAACUCACAGCUGAUGAUGCGUGGAAUGAGGCAGCCCAACUGCAUCACUUCAUUGUGGACUUACCCCCUGCCCCAGGAUCAGCCCGAAGCCCUCUCCCACACUCCAAACGCCUCGGCCCCAGCCCAGAGACGGUACCCACUCCUGAACCUCAACCCCCUGCCCCAGUCUGGUGAAAAGGAGGAAGGAGAAUGCGGCGCGGGGGAGUCACCGAUGGACAAGGUGAACAGAAAAGACAUCGCUCAGCUCAAUGGUGCCUUUCUAAAGGACUCGGAGGCCCUGGACAGUGUUGCAUCAAGCAAUGAAGACAAACUGGACCCGCCUUGUUUUUGCUCAACACUGAUACAAAUUGUUGAAGAGGACUCCGAGGAUGACGGCUGUGAGGAGUUUAGGAGGAAACUUGGCAUGGAACUAACUGAGCGAGUGCCACAUCGUGCUGAUGAGCUGAGGCUGGCGAAUGGAGGCAGCCCCUGUGCCGGGAGAGUGGAGGUUAAACACCAGGAUCAGUGGGGGACGGUGUGUGAUACCAACUGGGACAUGGAAGAUGCUGAGGUGGUUUGUCGCUCUGAAUCACUCAGACUGCUGAAUGGAGAGAGCCGGUGCGAUGGGAGAGUUGAGAUUUCCCUCCAUGGUAUGUGGGGCAGAGUGCUGGAUGACCAGUGGGACAUGAACGAUGCCAGCGUGGUGUGCAGGCAGCUCCAGUGCGGAGUCGCUGAGAAAGCUUAUAACCCCCCUAAGUCUGAGCGAGGAACGGGCCCCGUGGGGCUGAGAAGUGUCCAGUGUGCAGGAAAUGAGACUCAUCUGACGCUCUGCAUGAUCUCCACGUCUGAGACAGCCCAGGCAGGAAUUGCUGAGGAUGUCGGCGUCGUUUGCUCAGGAAGCAGGCGGAUCAGACUGGUGAAUGGGGCAGGUCGCUGCGCCGGGAGAGUGGAGAUUUAUUACCAUGGCAGCUGGGGGACAGUCUGUGAUGAUUCCUGGGAUCUGUCAGACUCCAAUGUCGUUUGCAAACAACUGGGAUGUGGACACGCCAUCAAUGCAACUGUCUCUGCUCAUUAUGGGCAAGGAUCUGGGCAGAUCUGGCUGGAUGAUGUGAACUGCUCUGGGAAGGAAUCCGAACUUUGGGAGUGUCCUUCCAGAGGCUGGGGCCAGCACAACUGCAGACACAAAGAGGAUGCGGGAGUUCUCUGCUCAGAAUUCACAGAUCUGAGACUGGUGAGUGGCAGUGACUGUGCUGGGCGACUGGAGGUUUUCUACAGUGGGACUUGGGGCAGUGUUUGCAGCAGUCCUAUGGAUGCCGUCACCAUGGCACUUAUAUGCAAACACUUGGACUGUGGAGACAGAGGGACACUUUUGACAGAGUUAAAACAUGGAAGCGGCUCUGGCCCUACCUGGGUGGAUGGUGUUCGGUGUGAUAAGCAGCACAUCUCCCUUUGGCAAUGCCCAUCAGACCCUUGGAAACAACAAUCGUGUAGCAGAGGAGAAGAAACCCAUAUUGCUUGUGAAGACCAGGAGAAGUUACGUGUCGUGGGAGGAGAGAACAGAUGCUUGGGCAGAGUGGAGGUUUGGUACCGUGGCUCCUGGGGAACAGUUUGUGAUGACUCCUGGGACAUGGCGGAUGCUAACGUUGUGUGUAAACAACUGGGCUGUGGAACUGCUGUAUCUGCCCUGCGCGAGGCUGCAUUCGGUGAGGGGACUGGUCCCAUCUGGGUGGAGAUGUUGAACUGCAGAGGGACAGAGUCAUCUCUCUGGGACUGUCCUGCCAAGCCCUGGGGUGAGAGUAACUGUGACCAUAAGGAAGAUGCUGCCGUGAAUUGCUCAGGUUUUCUCCAGCUGGUUGGAGGGGACAGUUCCUGCUCAGGACGUGUGGAAGUAAGACAUGGAAACACCUGGGCUACAAUCUGUGAUGCACACUUUGAUCUCAAAGCUGCCAGUGUUAUCUGUAAUGGACUACAGUGUGGAACAGCUGUAUCUAUCCCAGGAGGAGCUCAUUUCAGAGAAGGACAUGGACCAAUCUGGACUGAGAAAUUCCAGUGUUUAGGGAAUGAGUCACACCUCGUGUACUGUCCCAGGGUAUCACACAGGAAUCAGAUGUGCUCACAUGCAAAUGAUGCCAGUGCCAUAUGCUCACGGCUCACAGGGUUCCGGCUGGUGAACGGCAGCACAGCGUGCUCAGGGAGGGUGGAGAUCCAGGUUCUUGGUGACUGGGGAACCCUCUGUGACUCACGCUGGGAUUUACCAGAUGCCAACGUUCUUUGUCAUCAGCUCGACUGUGGACUGGCUGUAUCAACUCCAGGAAAAGCAUAUUUUGGGAAGGGAACUGGUGCUGUCUGGACAGACACAUUUCACUGUAAUGGGCAUGAGCCUCAUUUAUGGCAUUGCCCUGUUACUGCCCUGGGGGCCUCUAAGUGCUCACACGACAAUGAUGCCAGUGUGGUUUGCUCAGGUAAGUGUAAUGCUGGAUUAAUGACACUGCUCCCAGAGCAGGGGAAACUCAAGGCACAAGGCAGAGUGAGGGAGCUAGUUUCUAAAGCAUGUAUCAGAUGA